AUCAUCUGUUUUCCUUGACAGAAAUGUCAAAUUUGACAAUAACACAAACUGCAGAGCUUCACACUCAAAUUCGAGACAUUCGAUUUAAAAUGAAUCAAUCGGAGAGAAAAUGUCUGUCAACCGUAACAAACCCUCAGAAUUUCUGGAAAACAAUCAAACUCUACCUCGAUAUACCGCACACUGUGAAUAAACGUCUAGCUGGCACCGUUCCCUGGUCAUAUUGUAAAACAUCCCAUGGCAUCUCAUCGGAUAACUUCAUAGCACUGCGGAACUAUUUACGGAAUGAACGGGAAUACAACGGUGACUCGGUGCUAGGUUUUUUGAAGGAAAAUCACGUCGAUGCGAUGAGGUGUCCUGCUGCUUUUCUGGACAAUAUGGCAAGUACAGCAGGCAAGAGAGACACCGCUCUGCAGGACGACAAAGUGUUAAUACUGAGGAGGUUGCUGCCGAAAAACAAAAAUCUCUACAGCACCAUCAACGAACUGGUGUUGAUUGACUUUUCAUCCAAAUCUGCGAGUUUUGUACCAGUGGAUGCGACAAACGGUGUAUCGCCAUUCUCGUUCAUGGUCUCACUUACCAGCGACAACUUGAUUUCAGUUGAGGUAAUUGGCGACGACGAGUCGGAUAAGAAAGUGUUCAUUUGGAUAAAGCACUGCCUGCUUCCGAAAUUGGUCAAAUGGUGUGAUCAAGAAGAGAGUGAGAAUGGUCAGGGUAUUGUUUCAAAUGUGCCGUCACUAUCUUUGGUCAACAUAGAGGAAUACAAUGACCUGUACAAUGAACUGAAAACGAAGUACGGACUGGAGAUGGUUAAGAUUUGGCCGGAGUCUACCGAUCCCUCGAAAUUCGUUUACGAAGAUGUGGCCAUUGCAACCUACUUACUAUUGAUAUGGCGACAGGAGCGCAUCAAAAAGCAAACCACAAAGCUGCAAUCAUUCGUAGAUCUUGGCUGUGGCAACGGUCUUUUGGUUUACAUUUUAUCGUCUGAAGGACAUCCCGGCUAUGGUGUAGACAUUCGGAAACGAGGCAUCUGGGAUUUGUAUCCUGCAACAACCAUUCUAAAGAUCGAAACCGUUAUACCAUCAAAUAAAACGACGUUCCUGGGCAUCGAUUGGAUUAUUGGUAAUCAUUCCGAUGAACUUUCCGCAUGGCUACCGGUGAUGGCGUGUCGCAACUCAUUCGAAACAAAUUUCUUUGUGCUGCCUUGCUGUCCGUUCGAAUUCGACGGAACGAAAUAUCAGCGGAAAAGCUGCCAGCUGAGUCAAUAUCAAGACUUUCUCGACUAUAUGCUGCAGAUAUCGGACGUGUGCGGCUUCGAAACCAAAAUUGAUCGAUUGAAAAUUCCGAGCACAAAACGGUGUGCGAUCAUCGGUAUUGAGAGGACAUGGAAGGAGGAGGAAUUCGACAAGCGGUGCAGUGAUGUGGAGGCGUUCAUUGAGGAAAGAACGAGACCGGUUAGCUGUGAUCAGUCGUGGAAUGUGAAUUUUAAGCCUCGUGAUAGCAUCCAAAAAGUUCAGAAUUGCACCAAAGUCGACAAGAACGUCCAGCAACGGAUAGUCAAGUUAAUAUUCGAUCACCUUCUGUCUAAGAAGCGUUAUGUCGACGAUUUUGUGAAUAGUCAGUGGAAUUUCGGUGGAAUCGUUGCACUGGGCGACCUGGCACAAAUAAUACCCGUGGAAUUGCUGAAAGAAUUGAAAUCGGAAUGCGGUGGCUUGCAGACGCUGUUACGAAACAAUCAUCAAAUCUUCCAAGUGCAACAGGGAAAAGUGCAGGUACGUAAACCGCUCAACAGAAAUGAACGAAAAUUACAACAGGCGAAUCACAAAGGUAAGCCGUUUGUGUUCAAGCCAAAAGAUUGUUGGUUCCGAUGUUUUCAUCCUGAUGGAUGUCCGUUCAGUGACGAGGACUGUACGUUUAAGCACUGACGUAGGAUUGACUUGUUGUUUUUAUUUCCAAUCUUGUUAAAUAAAAGGACAUUUGAAGUCGAAA